GCCGCUAAAAUUUGGGGGGGAACAGCUUUCGCCCUGGAGCGGUGCGCGAUGCUGUCUCAUGCCGACCUCCUGGACGCCAGGCUAGGUAUGAAAGAUGCUGCCGAGCUUCUGGGUCACCGGGAGGCAGUGAAGUGUAGGCUGGGCGUGGGGGGCUCUGACCCUGGGGGCCAUCCCGGGGAUCUGGCGCCCAACUCGGAUCCAGUCGAAGGAACCACUCUGCUGCCGGGCGAGGACAUCACCACAGUGGGCUCUACUCCUGCUUCCCUGGCGGUGAGCGCUAAAGACCCUGACAAGCAGCCGGGGCCCCAGGGUGGCCCCAAUCCCAGCCAAGCCGGUCAACAGCAGGGCCAACAGAAGCAGAAGCGCCACCGGACUCGCUUCACCCCAGCGCAGCUCAACGAGUUGGAGAGGAGCUUCGCCAAAACUCACUACCCUGACAUCUUCAUGCGUGAGGAGCUGGCGCUGCGUAUUGGGCUGACCGAGUCGCGAGUACAGGUCUGGUUCCAGAAUCGGCGCGCCAAGUGGAAGAAGCGCAAGAAGACCACCAACGUGUUCCGCGCGCCAGGCACGCUGCUGCCCACGCCGGGCUUGCCCCAGUUCCCAUCGGCCGCUGCCGCCGCCGCCGCCGCCAUGGGUGACAGCCUGUGCUCUUUCCACGCCAACGACACCCGCUGGGCGGCGGCCGCCAUGCCCGGCGUGUCCCAGCUGCCGCUGCCGCCCGCGCUCGGCCGCCAGCAGGCUAUGGCGCAGUCGCUGUCCCAGUGCAGCCUGGCCGCGGGGCCACCUCCCAACUCCAUGGGCUUGUCCAACAGCCUGGCGGGCUCCAACGGCGCGGGGCUGCAGUCGCACCUCUACCAGCCCGCCUUCCCCGGCAUGGUGCCCGCCUCCCUCCCUGGCCCCAGCAAUGUCUCCGGCUCGCCCCAGCUCUGCAGCUCUCCGGACAGCAGCGACGUGUGGCGGGGCACGAGCAUCGCAUCCCUGCGCCGCAAGGCGCUCGAGCACACAGUCUCCAUGAGCUUCACCUAAUGCCGCUGCGCGCAGCCCAGCCCGCACCGCAGGGCGCCACCCACCCCCCGACACACCCUCGGCCGCGCGCGCCGGGCUCCCAGCUCCUCCGCCCGGUGUCCCCGGUCCUCCCCGACCCCAGCGAGGCCGCCACCCAAGUUCCCCUCCCACCUCUUCCCGCCCGGCUGCCCGAGCUCAGCGCUGCCCGCCGCCCCGGCCUCCCGCUUGCCCAAGUCGUGCUCGCACCCUCCUCCCGGCCUCUGCCUGGCGGCGUCCCCGGCCACACAUUGGUCACGACCCCCCACCCCACAACGUCCCCACGACCCCGCCUCGCCCGCGCCUCCCUUCGGGCUCCUUCUCUCCCAGAGCCUCACACCCCUGCUCCCGCGCCCGGCAGAAAGCAUCCUUCCCGCCAUUUUACUUACCAGGGAGUCGACUCAGGAUCUGAAAUCAGACACCAAUGGACUGGUUUGUGGGCAGAAACACACCACACACACACACACACGCACACACACACACACACCAUAGCUCACGCUCAGACUCUACACGCGCGCGCGCGCACACGCACACACACAGUGCAUCUUGGUCACACACAGACGUGUUCAAGGUACAGCACAAUGUUAGGGAUUUUUGUCUUAAAGGUGGACAAGCAUCUGCUACCAACCGCCUCAUCUGAGGGCCCAAAUGAUGUAAUUUGAUUUAACCCUGUAUUCUUUCUCCGAACUCCUCUCUUUCCGGGACCACCACCCUGCCCUGUCUACCCAGUCCCGUCCACGCAACCCUCUAUUGGCUUACAAAAGACCGCUUUCGUUAUAACAACGAGCCACAGCUCGGGUUUUUCUUUUCUUAAGCACAAAGGUGUGAGGGUAUAGAAGGGAAGGCUUCUCAGGAGGAACUUGCCAGCGGAUUGGGUGGCUGGAGCAAACUGAAGCGGUUAUGUGAGGAAGGAAGGGGUGAUCUCUCCCAUUUUGAUAGGCCUUUAUAGGAAGAGCAAAAUACACACGUAAGGAUUUUUUUUUUCCUUUUGUAAAAGCAAAGCCACAUGUCUUUUCUAGAUCCUUCAGGACUGGUAUUCGUUUGCUUCCUUUUCUGUUUUUCUCUUCUCGCUGCUCUGUGCCCUUGGUUGUUUUGUGGCCGUCCUAUCGCGUCCUUCCUGCCCCCCCUCGGCCUCCUACCGGCCGCCGGUGGGUGCAGGCGGACAUCUAACAACCCUGCAACUUUGUACAGAGAAACACAAUCAGCUCCUUCUGCAUGUGCUGGUCAAAUCCAAACCCAGAGAACAGAAGCGCUUUCUAAGAAUGAACAAACGUGAAAUAGGAUGUUUUGUGUAGAUAAAGCAUUCUUGUUACAUACU